AUGCCUCCACGAAAGAAGACGAAACGCGCUCAUUCCACAACACCGCAAGCUGAGACGGCGCAAUCCAGCGCGGACACUCCCGGUUCCACCGACAGCGUUGAGAAGUCCGAGGCAGAUUAUGACAUGCUCACGGACCCAUGGACCGAUGAGCAAGAGACUGCGCUUUUGAAGGCAAUCAUAAAAUGGAAACCCGUUGGUGAGUGUUGGAUACGGCGUGUUGCGCAACGCGAUGACCGUGGAGCUAAUUCGUUUGAUCGCAUUCCUCUAGGCGUCCACAAACACUUCCGAAUGGUCGCCAUAUCGGAAUUCCUAAAGAUAAAUGGAUACGGUCCUGCCUCUGGAGAGCACUUGGGUAUUCCGGGGAUAUGGAAGAAGUUGGGUACCCUCUACAAUCUGGAAGCUCUCAAUGAACGGGAGGAUUCGGCGAUUGCAGAUACCAAUGAAGACGAGGACGGGGUUAGUGAACGGUACUGUCCGUUUGAGCUUCCAUACGACGAAUACGGCGACCUGAUGUUCGAGAGGCGGCUGGCUACGGAGGGCUCCUCAUCCCCAGUAAUGAGUCGUCAGGCUGAUUCCCGACGAGGAAGCACAGUUGCUGACACCGACGAACCGCGCUCCUCGCCUGCCCCAUCUCGAGGUCGAAAGUCCAACCGUGGCACUCGUCAAACUGGUCGGGAAACUCGAUCAACAAGGCUCCAUGUUGAAAUUGGUACCGGCGGCCAGGAAAAAGCAUCCGACGAGGAUCUAGAGUCCGACGAAGACACCGGCGGAAAUGACGACGAUGAUGAAGAAGGAGAAGAGGGCAGCGAUGGAAAGGAAAGCGAGGAUGAGGAAGAAGGCGAUGAUGAGAAAGAAGGAUCAAGAAGCACGCGAGCGCAGACUUCUCGAACAAAGCAAAAGGAUAAGAAGCCUUCCGCGAGUACGGGGACUCGAAGGACUGGUCGUCGUCGCUGA